AAGAACUAUGACAAUGAAGCUGGUCGCAGCAGCACUUUGCUUGAGCCUCCUUGCAGCCGGCCUGUGGGUGGGCCUCUCAUUGACAGCUGAGUCCAUUGAAGAAGGGAAACCUGGAGGUGAGAAACCUGGAGGAGGGAAACCUGGAGGCAGCGGACGAGGAUGUUUUCUCCCACCACUGCCAAAAGAAGAUGUUUCACUAUGCAGGAACCUAGAAGUUUUCUACAUGGAGAUGGGGAACAUCAGCUGUAAAAUUGUUCCUAAGUGCAAUCUAUACAGACAGAAGAUCACGGCCUGGCAGGCGCCGAUAGUCAAGUUCCACACGGCUUUGGAUGGUGCGCUGUACCUGCUGGUAAUGGUGGAUCCAGAUGCCCCCAGCAGGUCUAACCCCGUGAUGAAAUACUGGAGACACUGGUUGGUGUCCAACAUCACAGGUGCUGACAUGAAAAGUGGGAGUAUCCGUGGCAAUGUACUAUCAGACUACUCGCCGCCUACCCCACCGCCAGAAACUGGUCUACACCGCUACCAGUUCUUUGUCUACCUUCAGGGAGACAGAGACAUUUCUCUCUCCGUGGAAGAAAAGGCAGACUUAGGUGGUUGGAAUCUGGACAAAUUCCUGCAGCAAUAUGGGCUAAAAGAUCCCGACACAAGCACCCAGUUCAUGACUCAGUUUGACGAGGAAUUGUCAUCAGAGUUUGGUAGAAUUAACGACGAUCAAGAGCAAUUCAAUCAAAAAUAACCGUCCACUGAGCGGAAACUUUUACCUUCCAGUUGUGUGCUCAAGUCAUGUAAUCCACUACAGGUGGUCUGGGGAUGGAACCUCCUUUUGGCAUCUUCCAAAUAAACAAAUAAAUGCUAAAUGCAAAUAAACAAAACAAAAAA